AUGGCCGGGCAUAUCGAAUCCUUUAAGCCUGUACCUUUCAGGGAUAAAGUCGCUGAAGGACAAGCUGAACUACUCGUUUGUCAUGAUAUGAAAGGGGGCUACCUUGACGAAGAGAGCGACGAAGGUAUCAUUGUCACUCCGGAAUCUCCAAAUCCCUAUGUUUUCUUGAAUUGGUGGAAUAUAGAUGUUUUCUGCUACUUUUCACACAACUUUGUCACUAUUCCUCCCACUGGCUACACAAAUAUAGCACAUGAUCAUGGAUGCCUCGUUCUUGGUACGUUCAUCACAGAGGGAAAGGGUGGAGCUAAACUGUGUGAACAGUUCCUUACCUCGGAGGAAACAGUACGAAAAACUGUACAAUCAUUAGUAUGUGUUACACAGCGCUACAAUUUUGAUGGAUGGCUGGUCAACAUAGAGAAUAAAGUGCUGAUUCAGCAGUUAAACAACUUGAAGUUGUUUUUACGUCUAUUGACCGACACUAUGCGGAAGUCAGUGGGAUUUUCACGUGUUAUAUGGUAUGAUGCUGUAACUGCUUCGGGUAAGCUUCAUUGGCAGAACAAGCUCAAUGAGUUGAAUAAAGUCUGGUAUGAUUGUUGUGAUGGCAUAUAUUUGAAUUAUAAUUGGAAUGAUGAAGCGUUGUUGAGCAGUGCUGAUUUUGGAACACUCAAUAAGAUUUAUGUUGGAAUCGAUGUUUUUGCACGAGGCUGCAUUGGUCGGUGA